CCAAACUCUUUCCCCUUCUCUUUUUUCCCUCUACAACAAUGGUAGGCAUAAGUAUCCUUGGAAACAUGGAUCAUCUUUGGUUUCAUCAAAUUAUUUUGUUCCAAGAAUCCACUUCACAAGUUGUCACAAAAACCCUUGAACACCAGAACAAGCUUUUAAGUCCAUCACCAAGCAUUUGUGUAUCAUCUUUUCCUGAAGCAAAAGUUUCAAAAACUGUUUCACCGCUCCAAGAAAAUGUGAGCUUGGAGAAUUCAUCAAUGGAUGAUUCUAGUAAGGAAGAUUCAGUCAUCAAGGAAAUAAAAAGACCAAGGACAUUGAGUGUUGGGACAAGUAGGAGUCGGUCACCUUUUUCACCAUCAACACAGAGCCUGAGAGACUUGGAACUUGAAGAAGUAAAAGGGUUCAUGGAUCUUGCCUUCAUAUUCAAUAGAGAACACUUGAACCGACGAAUAAUGAGGGUAAUCCUCGGCCUUCAAAGAUUUGAAUUUCAUAAAAACAAUGAUACUAACAUAGAACAACCUAAGGAGGAUGAUGCAGAAGACGAUACUAAACAGAAGGAAGAGGAAGGAGGUGUAACGAGACUAUACUUAUCAGAAACUUGGCUAAUAAAGAGACCCAGUUCUCCUUUAUUGAAUCUGAAGUUUCCAAGGGAGUUGGCAACUUUUGAUAUGAAGAAAUAUCUCAGGUUCUGGGCUAGAACUAUUGCAUUGGAAAUUCAACAAGAAUCCUAAACCCCAAAAUUUUGCCAAGAAACAAACAGUCAAUCUUUGGGAAAGUUUUCCAGCAUCAAUUGUAAAUAGAGUCUUACUGUCAACAAAGAUGAGCUAAGGAGGUCUUUUUGUCACUUGUUCAAUAACUUUUUUGCGUUAGUUGAAAGUGAACAUUAUUGUCUUUCCUGUUUUGUUGAGUGAUAUACUAUGAAAGGGGAAGAGAUAAGGCAACAAAAAGAACGGAGGGAUCCUACCAUGUUGUGGGCUGUGAUACAUAUGAAAACCAGGAUGAUGGCUUCUUAGAGCAGCCAAGAGUGUCUUAUGACAGUUGACUCCAUCUUCGUGUGUUUUUAUCUCCAUUUGCUUUGAGGCUGCAUUUUCCAUUUGCUCUUCCAUUUUUUUUUUUUUUCCUUUUUGAAGUCAGAUGGUGAUGUUAUCUCAUAUGAACAGGCGUGUAUAAUCAUCUGACUUUGGAUAAUUACACAUGAAACAACACAGCAUUUUGUUCCCUAUGAAAUUUUUUUGUUCCUAUAUAUAGUUUUUGUUAAGUAUUAGUAUUUAAUUAAAAAAAAUUUCAGUU